ACACUUCCAAGAAACAGGAAACAAGAAACGCCGAAAAGAUAACUGGCGCGCGACAAAACGAAAAGAGAGAAAAAAAAACAAAAACCAAAUCAAAUCGUGGCCGUGGAGAGAAGAACUGCCUGCCUGCACCGAGAAUGAGGGCGCAGAUCCAGAAGGUCCCGCAGAUCGUAGAGCUGCUCAAGAAGAAGUCGGUGGGGCUGCAGCACUUCAAGCCCACCUCCUCCGUGUGCGUGCUGGAGGAGAAGGAUGCUGUGGAGGCGCGGCCGUGCCCUCACGCGUCCUCCGGCGCGCAGUGUCUGGACGCGAUCCCCGGACCCACCAAGUGGCCCCUGGUCGGCAGUCUGAUAGAGCUGCUGCGCAAAGGCGGCCUGACAAGACAGCACGAGGCACUGGUUGAUUACCACAAGAAAUUCGGCAAGAUCUUCCGCAUGAAGCUCGGUUCUUUUGAGUCGGUCCACAUCGGCUCCCCUUGCCUGCUGGAGGCGCUUUACAGGAAGGAGGGGAACUACCCGCAGAGGCUGGAGAUCAAACCCUGGAAAGCAUACCGCGACCUGCGGGACGAGGCGUACGGUCUCCUCAUCCUGGAGGGCAAAGACUGGCAGAGGGUGAGGAGCGCCUUCCAGCAGAAGCUGAUGAAGCCCACGGAGGUGGUGAAACUCGACGGCAAAAUAAACGAGGUGCUGACAGAUUUCGUCUCCAGAGUUGGAAAGAUAAACCUGGACGGCAGAAUUGAGGACCUGUACUUCGAGCUGAAUAAAUGGUCGUUCGAGACCAUCUGCUUGGUGCUGUAUGACAAGCGGUUCGGGCUGCUGCAGGACAACGUCAACGAGGAGGCGAUGAGCUUCAUCACGGCUGUCAAGACGAUGAUGAGCACAUUUGGGAUGAUGAUGGUCACACCGGUGGAGCUUCAUAAGAGACUGAACACCAAGACGUGGCAAGACCACACCGCAGCCUGGGACCGUAUCUUCAGCACAGCCAAAGUUUACAUCGACAAAAAGUUGAAGAGAAACGCCACCGGAGCUCCGGACGACCUGAUCGGGGACAUCUACCGCCAGAGUCGCCUGUCGCAGAAGGAGCUGUACGCCGCCAUCACAGAACUCCAGAUAGGAGGGGUGGAGACGACUGCGAACAGCAUGCUGUGGGCUAUUUUCAACCUGUCGCGUAACCCUGGCGCCCAGAGGAGGCUGCUGGAGGAGAUUAGGAGGGAGGUCCCUGACGACCGGGCCCCGUGCGGGGAGCACAUCAGGAGUAUGCCCUACCUCAAGGCCUGCCUCAAGGAGUCUAUGAGGCUAUCGCCGUCUGUUCCGUUCACAAGUCGGACCCUGGACAAAGACACUGUGUUGGGAGAUUAUGCCAUUCCCAAAGGGACAGUGCUAAUGAUCAACAGCCAUGCUCUGGGCUCCAACGAAGAGUACUUUGACGAUGGGAAGCAGUUCAAGCCGGAGCGCUGGCUACGGGAGAACAGCACCAUCAACCCCUUUGCCUAUGUUCCCUUCGGCAUCGGAAAGAGGAUGUGCAUUGGCCGGAGGCUGGCGGAGCUGCAGCUGCAGUUGGCGUUGUGCUGGUUGGUAAGAGAUUAUGAGAUUGUAGCGACGGAUAAUGAACCGCUUGACGUCAUCCAUUCCGGACUUUUGGUCCCCAACAGGGAACUACCGGUAGCUUUCAUCAGGAGAUGAGGUUCCAUAUUCAGCUCUGUUGGACCGAACAACAGGAAGACGAUACCUCCGAUGCCAUAUGGCCACCGCUGUCCAGUGACUCCCAUACUGCUGCUCUGUAAAUAGAAAAGAAGAAGAAGAUAGAAUGUGCAUGUAAUCGAGCCAGAAAUACCUCAAAAACUACCAACAAAUUUUUAUUUAAACUACUGCAUAUGAAAGUUAGUUGUUGACCAAAAUGUCAGACGAAUUGAUUAUAUUGUACCAAGGCAGCUUCCCUCGCAUCUUAACGGAACGGUUUCACCUCAGAUACUUUAGUUAAGUACUAUACUAUGCUAUAUUUUGUUCCCUUGUUCCGUACGUUAUAUAUAUAUAUAUAUAUAUAUAUAUAUAUAUAUAUAUAUAUAUAUAUAUAUGUCACAGUUUAUAUAUAUAUAGGUCACAGUUUAAGUUUAUUUUUCAUUGUGUAUAUAAUGUGCAAUGACGAAUAUUGUAAUAAUGUUUAUUUUUUUUGCCUAGAGAGAAUGUUUUAUUCACAUAAAAAAUAAUUAAAAGAAAGUCUUACAACUUG